CACCAAAACUGUUAUAUGUAUCAAGUAGUCUAUGUGGACUUUACAUGAUAGUUAUGGAAUAUGUUGAUGGCCAGAAACUACGUGAUUGUGAUGAUUUGAAAGACACUGAAUAUAAAAAAAUUAUAAAUGACAUUGAAGUGGCUGUAAAUCAUCUACACGCGAAAGAUAUUAUUUUUGCAGACCUCCGUGAUUCUAACAUCUUGGUUAUUAAAGAUGAUGAUGAAAACUACAGCGGAAUGUUGGUAGAUUUCGACUGGGCCGGCAGGGAUAAU